AUGCCUGCAGUAUUGGAAGAUUACCAGAAGAACUUUUUGGAUUUGGCAUUGGAAUGUCAAGCUCUGAAGUUUGGAUCCUUUACGUUGAAAUCUGGAAGACAGUCGCCAUACUUCUUCAACCUCGGACAAUUCAACACCGGUAAACUGUUGUCAAACCUGGCAACAGCUUACGCCAUCGCCAUUAUUCAAUCCGAUUUGAAGUUUGAUGUCAUCUUUGGACCAGCUUACAAGGGUAUUCCUUUAGCUUCCAUUGUUUGUGUCAAAUUGGCGGAGAUUGGUGGAACCAAGUUUCAAAAUGUGAAAUACUCCUUCAAUCGUAAGGAGGCUAAAGAUCACGGAGAAGGUGGAAACAUUGUUGGUGCUUCGCUCGAAGGGCAAAGAGUUCUUGUCAUUGAUGACGUUAUGACUGCUGGUACUGCUAUAAACGAGGCCUUUGAAAUCAUUGGCAACGCUUCCGGUAACGUUGUAGGUGUCAUUGUGUCCCUGGAUCGUCAAGAAGUACUAAACACCGAAGCCUCAGAACUACUAAGUGCUACUCAAGCUGUAAGCCAGAAAUACGGCAUUCCUGUUUUGAGCAUUGUCACUUUAACUAACAUCAUUAAUUACUUGGAUGGAAGAAUUCCCGUCGAAGAAAAGAAGAAGAUGGAAGAAUACCUACAAGUAUAUGGUGUCUGA